AUCUGUCAUCUGAGGACUGAGGAGGAAUAGUCUGUAAACCAGAGAUAGCAGAGAAAGUGUUUGUUUAUAAGGAGUAGGACCUCUCACCCUCUCAUUGGUGUCUCUUUUAUAACUCUAUCCCUUCUUUCUUGUUCUUGUAACUCUCUCUUUCUCUUCCCCUGUUUGCUGGCUGGAGACCAAUGUUCUUGGGCUACAUGGAUGACCUAUGGCUACAGUUUUCAUGUUCACAGUCUCCGUGAACAAUCUGACUUUUAUCUGCUGCACUGUUGUCAAAGAUGAUCAAACGCUCGUGAAGUGACAUUUCUUUCUUCAUCCGAGGUGGUGUCUUCGGAUUUAUGUUGGUAACUCAAUCACAGACCCAGAGUACUUCAGGAGCUAUGACUCAACAGGAAGAUGGAUGGCCUCUGGGUUUGCAACCGUUGAAUGUGAGAGUUGGGUUGGUUAGGAACCGUGAUUAUUCUGGAUCAAUUUCAUUCAACACUUUGAUCACUGGUUCUCCAAGUUCCUCUACGGAUUCUUCUUCAGAUUUGGAUACAGAGUCCACAGGGUCCUUCUUCCAUGACAAGAGCAUGACACUUGGAAGUCUCAUUGGUGUGUCCAGCAUUCUAGAGCUCUCAGGAAGAUCGGGUGGAGGAAGAAGAGCAGAAGUCUUGAGAAACAGGAAGAGUUACAGAUCCAAAACUUGGUUCUUCUCUCUAUGCUCGAGAGGUGAAGAUAGUCCUGAUGGAUUGAACAACCCACCAUCCUUAGGCCAUUUUCUUGAAGCAGAGAGGAGAGCUGCUAACGAUUACAGGAGGAAUCAGAGUCCAACUAUUUAUGAAGCUGAUGAGUUUGCCAUAGAAAGGAGUUCCUCUGAACCAAAUCCGCUAUUCGUUGAUGGGCGCAUAGCACCUCCUCAGUCAAACUCAUGGUUUGAUUCAGAAGUUGGUGGUACAUCCCAGAACCACAAGAGCUUGGACCAUGGAAAUGGGUACCCUGUUCCGGUACUGUUUUCAUGUGUGUGUGGACAACCCUAGCUAUUGAAGCAUCAUUUACACAUCAGUCUCCAGAACUUCUUUUUUCAUAUGCAGUUAUGCUUCUAUCACUGUUGGGAUUUUGGAAUCGGAUUCCUUUUUUCUUCUUUUUCCUCUCUUUUGCAAUUUGGAAUAUGAUUUCACGUUCUACAAUGUCAAUAAAAUUUCAAUUCCUUCCA